AGCCACAUUCAUUAAUAUAACACUGUAUUUAAGAUUUGUUCACCCAUGUUAAGGAAUCCUCUUUCUGUUCUUUUAUUUCUUUCUUUCUUUCUUUCUUUCUCUCUGCUUACAAUUCCCUCUGCACUUUUCGAUGGACACAGACGCCGUCGUUUCCUUCGAUCAUGUCUCGCCGGAGGAUUCUCACGAGGUUCAUGUUUUGGCCGUCGACGACAGCCUCGUUGAUCGAAAGGUCAUUGAACGCUUGCUCAAAAUCUCAGCUUGUAAAGUUACAGCUGUGGACAGUGGAAUCAGAGCACUGCAAUUUCUGGGGUUGGACGAGCAGAGAAGGACCUCUGAAUCUGAGGGUUUUGUCCCGAGUUUGAAGGUGGAUCUAAUUAUCACAGACUACUGCAUGCCCGAGAUGACAGGUUAUGAAUUGCUCAAGAAAAUAAAGGAAUCGUCCAUGUUCAGGGAAAUUCCGGUAGUGAUUAUGUCUUCCGAAAACGUUUUGCCUCGCAUAGACAGAUGCUUGGAGGAAGGUGCAGAGGAUUUCAUAGUGAAACCGGUGAAAUUAUCCGACGUGAAACGGUUGAAGGGAUACAUGACAACAACGAGAGAGGUUAAGGUUGGAAGCCACGACAGAGGAAGCGGUGUGGUCGAUGAUGUUGGUGUUGAGAUUGAGAUUAACAACAAACGAAAGCUGGUGGAAGAAGAAGAGGAAGAGACCUCUGACAUGUCAUCAUCAUCAUCGCCACCGUCCGUUUCUACACUUUCAUCAUCACCGUCCGUUUCUUCACCGUCAUCGUCUCCCACAUCUUCACCAAUCAGACGGCUUAAAAUGAGCAGCAGCAGCAGCAGCAGCAGCGAUUGACUCUCCGUGAUGGCGGCAUCCACAGCAGUGUUUAUUUUUUUGGUCUUAAGAUGUAUUGGUUUUGGUUUCCUCUCUCCGGGGUCGAAAAAUUGCAAUUACCCGUUGUUGGUGUCUGUAACGGUUUUUGUUGCAUUGGCCCUCUCUUAUCUUUUACUAAUUUGUUUUGUUUGUUUGUUGUACGAAGGUGGGUUAACGUUAUGGAAGAAGCAUAACCACGAUGUUAUUGAAAUAAAAUACUAUUGCAAUGUUUUAGCAGAAGGUGCAAUGAAAAAAAGAAAAAAAAAAAGAAUGGGUGGUGUGAGUGAAGAUUGGAAAUGAUGUGAAACAGAUGGAAUAAUAGUUUGCAAGAUCUUGUCUG